CUAAUUUAAACAAAUUCAACGAACGAUUUCCACGUUCAUUGGCUAGCUCGGAAAUUCAAAUCCUUCUUCUUUGACCAGUUUUCCAGCAUCUCAAUAGUCUCCCACUUUAUAAACCAAAAACCCCAACGAAUUUCCUCUCCCCUCAAAAACCAGCCUGUUGCAUCUUCAUACCUCCGCCACUCGCUCGCCGUUGGCGCUUCUUCUCUCAAAGUCGCCGACUUUUCCCAUUUUCCUUUUCCGGGUCCUUGCUAUUUUCAGAGGAAAAUCAAGAGAGCUGAAAAAAACAGGGGAAAAACAGAGAGAUUUUUCUCAGACAAACAAUUGGAAAUGCCUCCGGCUACGGCUACGAUGUUUUCUCGCCCAGCGGAAACCCCUAAUUUCUACAAGAUUGUGAAUCCGGUCUCGGAUAUCGUCACAAUCGACGUCGGCGGCCAAAUCUUCCAGACGACACGGCAGACCUUGAGCCUCGCCGGACCCAAAUCGCUCUUCUCCCAGCUCACCGAGUCAACCGGGCUCGCCCCUCGGUUUAUCGAUCGGGACCCGGAGCUUUUCUCUGUCCUGCUUUCCCUCCUUCGUACCGGGAAUCUUCCCUCCAAGGCUAAAGCUUUUGACGUCGAGGAUUUGGUCGAAGAGUCGAGAUUCUACAACAUCGAGUCCCUGCUGAUCGAUUCCUUGUCUCACCAUUCUCAUUUCGAGGCAUUCAAUCUCGAGAAGUCGCUUCUCUUGCCGCUCAACGGCCGGGAUUCUCCGUCCACCGUCGCCACGACGCCGCUGGGGACCUUGCACGUAGCUCACGGCAGCAAAAUCACGUCAUUCGAUUGGUCGCUCCGGAAGAAAGCGACGAUUCUGACUCAAUUCACAGCGAUGGAUUCUCUAUUGGCCAUCUCCCCAACCUUGGCCGCCGCCGGUGCUACGGAUUUCUCCGGAUUGCAGAUACUCGACAUGGAAAAGGGAUUCGUCAGGGAAACCCUAAACUGGGAAAACGUGACGAAAUCCGGGUCAACGGUUCAGGCAAUCGGGUCCUCCCAGGGUCUUCUGUUCUCGAGCUUUGAGUCCAGCCGGAGGAACUCGAAUUGCAUCAUGGUGUACGAUAUGCAGACCUUCUCGCCGGUGACCCAGAUCGGCCAUUACGAGAUAUUCGGUGCCAAUCUCGAUUCCGCAAUCCCCUCCACGAAAUUGCAAUGGGUCGAGAGCUACAACGUGGUUAUGGCAUCCGGCUCUCAUUCUGGUCCAUCGGGUAGAUUAGGUACCGUUAAGCUAUGGGACAUAAGGUCCGGGAAUGUUGUUUGGGAAUUGAAGGAGAGAGUCGAUUGCUUUUCUGAUAUUACCGUCUCUGAUAGCCUUUCUGCAAUUUUCAAAGUUGGGGUGAAUUCAGGGGAAGUAUCCUAUAUGGAUUUGAGGAAGUUGGGUGAUGAGGAUUCUAGCAAAUGGGUUUGUGUUGGUGAUGAAAGGAAAGUUGGAAUGUGAAGAAGGAAGGAGUUGGUUGCAAGAUUGAAGCACAUGGGAACCAAGUGUUCUGCAGCAAAGAUGGCAAUAUUGAGCUUUGGUCUGAGAUUAUGAUGGGUAGUCGAAGAACCAGCGAAAGGUUGCCCGAUCGAGUGUUUAGGAAGAACCUGAUGGGGAGAAUGAAGGAUAUUGGAGGAGCUAAGAUAACCAAUUUGGGGUUUGGAGGGAACAAAAUGUUUGUUACUCGUAAAGAUCAGCAAUCUGUUGAGGUGUGGCAGAGUUCUGCCAAGGGAUUUUGAUGUCUUUUGCAAGCCUGGUGAAGUCACCGUGUGGCCUUGGCACAACCGCGUACUAUUGCUGGCAUUGAACAUAAGAACACGCUAAUGCACUGCAGCCCCAUAAGCUGAUAAGCAUGCUAACCAAAUUGCUGAAAAUGUUUGUACACUUGUGAGCUAGGAGUACUGGAAAGACGAGAAUCGGUAUUCAUCUAAAAGGUCUCCUCUUGAGAAGAACACUGACCCAGAUGGGACGCUCGUUCCUUUCCCUAGCAGAAAAUCCAGAGCACAAACACCAACGCGACCGCACCUUUACAUCUUCUGAUAAUGGAAACACCCUAAACGACGCCGCAGCGAGAACUAGGCGCGCCAGCACUGAUGUAAGCACACCAGUCACAAGCGCAACGAGACCUGCACGCGCGGACAAGGUCCGAGGCACCGAACAAUGACGUUCCAGUGGAGCGUCGACCAGGCUGGGAGAAGUCGCAAACGACGCCACAUCCCUUGGGAGCAGUCACAUCGCCGUCCCAUCACUGUCAUAGGGACCAUCAUGGAUAAACCCCCUAGUCCUAGGUAGAAGUAUGGUCUUAAGUCUGACAUGUCAGCAGUCAUGUCACCCUGUAAACUCACCCACCACCAUGUAGCCUAUAAAUAUGACAUUUACUCCGGUGGGUGAGGGGAUCGCAAUUUUCAGAUUCUAUCUCUAUAAACAUCAACUUCUCUCUCUAAAGACGAAUUCCCUCAACCUUGUUCUCCAAGAUCUUGGUUCUACGUCAUAUAGUCGAU